AUGGCGCUCAACGCCUUGGAUGGAGUGCCCAGGUGUCGGAUCGGGAGACGUUCGUCCGCACGAACGUGGAUUGAACAAAAUGAGUUUUCGAAAAACCCUUCCUCUCACCUGAACCUCUCAUCUUCUUCCUCAGAACCUCAACUCUUCAUCUUCUCCAACUUCUCUCUAGAACAUCCCAAACUUCUCUCUACUGUAACUCACCAAGCCUUUCUCCGAAUUCCAUUUCAGAACCGUAGGAACGUUCGUCCAGCUGUGAUCUUCCUUUUGGACCGAACAGAAUUUGGAUCGGAACUGACUAAGUGGAAGUUGUUGAGUGAACCUGAGGGUAGAACGCUGUUAGAGGUCGAACCAAAAUCUUGCAUUUGGGAGUACACUGCUAUCCAGAUGGUGGUGCGUCACUUGAAGAGAUGCUAGAAGAAGAAAAUUUGGAGGACGCAAAUCUGGUGGACGUUGAAGUUAAAGCCGAGCCUUAGAGCGCUCGCUCGGGUGUUUUAGUUUUGUUACGCUUACUUUCUGGACGUUCGGUUAUAGUUUUGUAAAGCCGUUCGUCCCUGAACUCUUGUCUGUUUAAGCGUUCGUUAUUUCUGUAUCCUUAUGCCGUUCGGCUUUUAACGCUCGUUCGGUUUUUGUAAGACUGCACUGUUUUAUUAGCUUAAUGUAAUUAAUUCUGAUUAUGGUAAUUACUAUAUUUUGGGAU